AUGGAGAUGCGUCAGCGUUUGAAUACUGGUAAGGGAUUCAACGCUUUGGAUCUUUAUAUUAUCGCAAGCUUGCAAUCGAUUGUUGUCGUUCAAGAAGGAAUUGCGUCUCUGUGA